AUGGAUGCUGCAACAGAUGCCUUUGCUACUAAGAAGGGCUACCUUCGGAAUAAGAUCCUAGCCGGUGAACAGGAUAUCGACAUGUUGACCGAAACCGUUCAACGACCGGUGCAAAAGUAUCCCCCCCAACAGCCACAAGUAUACCAGCAACAACAAUAUCUACAGUAUCAAGAGUAUCCUCCUCAGCCUCAACAACAACAGUACACCAGCCACUUCGAUGAUGCAAACCACUUGAUGAGCCUUGGAGGAUCAUCGUACAAUCUCCGUGCGUCCCUGAUGUCGCUGCAGAGCACUGCUUCCCGCAAGAAACUCUUCCAUAAGUUUCGGGGAGGCAGUGGUGGAGGUGUAGAAGAUUUUGAUGAUGAUGCGGGAGCCGAAUUACCAGAAUCUGAUGUCUCAUUUGAAUAUUUGAAACAUACAAGAGAUCACGGUCCUUAUGGAGGGAUCCUGUCAAGGAGGCAAUUGGAGUCCGCUCCUAUAAUUCCAACGUUAGACUCUCUUGACUCUAAGCCUUCGAAUAACAUGGAGUAUCGUCGUCAGAUGAAUGUCCAACGGAAACUUGCCCUUGCAACUGGGGUCAGAGCCAAUUCUCUUCAAAGUGGACCACCAGGGACUAUGCCAGACUAUAGAACCAUGUCUCUUAACUCCGCUCCAGCCCCCCCAACAGGGUACGGCCCUCGUGCCAUGUCUCUCAAUGGUCCCAACGGCUUCAUGACAAGGCAGAGCAUGAUGCAACAACAACAACAACAACAACAGUCAUUCCAACCACAGCAGCAGUUCCAACAACAACUUCCAGGAAAUCCUCGGGCCAUGUCGAUGAGAGGAGGGUAUGGAAGUUACAACAAUAAUAAUACUAUGGGCCCGGGAAUGCCAAUGCAAGGUCCAAAUAGUCGUACCAUGUCUUUAAACAGUAACCAAGGUCCACGUGCCAUGUCUUUGCAAAGUAGCAGGCCUAUGCCAAUGUCCAACAAUUACCCUCCACCAAGGAUGUAUAAUGGUCCACAACCAGGAGCACAACCAUUCGUGCCCAAUAAUAGUCAGAACGGUCCAAGGGCCAUGUCCUUGUCUCUGCAGCUGCAAAGUGCACGGUUUAAUGGCUCGCAAAGACUCCCUUCAAUGCCUGGUCGUGCUCCUUAUGGACCAAACAACGGUCCGUUCCAACAGCAACAACAGCAGAAUCAACAGUUUGCUACUACUUACAGUUCGCAAAAGCCAUCGGAAGAGUCUCUUAUGAAUGUAGUGGAGGAAGAAGAUGAGCAUCAGGUUCAACAAGAGAAUAAUCUCUCUACAGACUCGUUCAAUCCUUCAGUGGUUAGCGAAGACGGAAAGCACAACUUCUCUUCCAGACUGAACUCUGCAUCACCAAGCAAACCAGUCACGAGCUUGGAUCCAGGAAAGGCGAAGUCAAUGGAGAACAGCGACGACGACGAUUUUGUCUAUAAGUUUGACGAAGAACCACCUUCGAUAUCACGUAAGUCGACGUUGAAGAAGACAAACUCCAUGAAGCUACGGAAGUUGUCACUUUUCCAAAAGGAAGUUGACACACCUCUGGCUAAGGAAACUUCUGGUAAUCCUCCACCAACAUCACCAACUUUCAACGUUAAUAGAAAGAGUACAUCCUCGACUAUUGCCAAUUCACCAUCGAAACGUGUAUCGGUGCUUACAGAUAACGAGAGCUCCAAAGACGUUCUUGAACAGAAGUUCAAUGUGUUAGGGGCCACAGCUACGAUGAACUCUACUGCCUCGUCCAACAACGUCUACUACACUGCCUCUUCGUUCCUGCUGCCGGUUCGAGGACAGAACCUGGCACGGUUAUCGAUGGAAGAGACAAUUGAAGAGGAGGACAUAAAGACCCCACAGUUAUCUCAGUACAGUGAAAGGUUGGACACUCCUAAAUUAUCCCAAAAGGCAGAUGAUACUAUGACUUUACAUGAUGAUCUUGAAGAUGAGAUUGAUAGAGUUACCCUUGAAGACCACAGUACAACCCAAACACAUACUUCGACCAACAACAACACAUUCAAAUCUUCGUCGGAAGAAGAAGAUCUUAAUGAAGAAGUUCCUUCGUCUAUGGACUAUGCAAAGACUAGGUCUCCGACUAUCUUAAAGCUGGUGGUAACAUCAUCAUCAACAGGAAACACUCCAGAGUUGAAUGGAACGUCUGAUCUAAGCCGAUUUGCUUCGAACGAUAGCACCAGAAGUGACAGAAGACAACCUUCAUUCAAGUCGAUUGUUGGUAAUACUGUUUUCAGUAACUUCAGAUCACCUUCGAUGAGCACCGACUCCCCAACGUUUGACGGUGGAGUUUCUAAGCAUUCACAGUCUUCAGUCAACAAAGAAGAUACUGGUGCUAGUUCCAACGAGCUUGCAAUCGGCGAAAGAGUAAACGAAACUCCAAAGAAGAAGUUUGCUGCUGUUGAACCAACUCCAACUCCAGGUAGAGCUUUACCAUCACCAAAUAUCGAGAACCUGACCUCCACCAUCACCAUGAGCCAAAUUGAUGAUGAAAUCCUUUAUAGUCCUACCAGAAGACCUGUUAUGAGGCCAAGAACAAGCGUACGAUCAGAAUAUAGUGAUUCCGAUGAAGACAUGAACUCCAGAAUAUUCAGUCCUUCUAGUGGCACCCAUAAAAGUUCGCCAGUGAAGAGCAAGUACUCCACAGACGAUGACGACGACGAUGACGAAGAAGAAGAAGAAGAGGGAACUGCAACUGAUGAAAAUGGUCUUAGCUCCAUAAUAGCUACCAGUGGAACGUCUACUGCUACUACCACCACAAACACCGUUCAUCCACAAUAUACCAAUGUUGAUAGCGGUGGUGAAGCAGGUGCUGGUGCUGCCUUGAAUCCUAAAGUGCGUAGGAAACCUCCUCCAACCAAUUCACCUACCAGGGUUCAUGCUACUCGACCCUUGAGUGAUUUGGUGGAUGGUAACCCCGCUGUUCCGUUGGAAACGGAGUCUAUGGCCAACAGUCGAAGAGAGCUGUCGAUACUAUCGCUUCAAUCUGAAGACGGUAGCUCUAGCAAUAAGAAGAGAGAUUCACAAGGGUUCGCCGGGAAGUCCAAGAACUUCCUAAAACGGUGGUCGAAAGCAAGCAGAAGACUAAGUGAAGAUUUUUCUGGGACGAAGAAAGCAGGACCUGAAGAACGCAUUGUCAAUAAUCGUCAAAGUAUGCCUCUGAUCCGAAACUCCAUCCACAGUCUUUCCACUACAGCCAGUAGUGGUGGUGGAGGAGGAGGACCACAAGCAAUAAGAAACAACAUUAAUACUAAUGUUCCUCAACCUAUUCGGUUCACUAAAGAGGAAUUAGGCAUCAUGAACGCCAAUAAUGAACUCUUGAACGAUUUACAAUUGGUUACUACGGAAUUGGCGUCGUCUAUUAGGAGAGAAAUAUCAUUAGAGAAGGAAUUAAAGAACCUUCAGUUGGGAGAAAGUACUCCUAUUGUUACUAACAGCAAUGGUGGUCAAUCGUUUCCUAAUAAAGAAGAUUAUACCAGCUGUAUCAAGACAAUCUCAGAUUUACAAGAAAAGUUGAACAAAGAACGAAGACUUCGAUUCAUAAGCGAAGAUCAUGCUUUGCUUUGGGAAAAUGGACAACAACCCAGUGCUUUAAAAUUGGGAUAUGAAAAGGCAGAGAUAUACCAACAAUUACUUUCCAAAAAUGAUUUGGUGAAUCAAUUGCAAGAUAAGGUCAACGAACUUGAAUCGAAGAAUAAGAACAACCCUGAUUUAUUGACCAAAUAUAAUGAAUUGCUAUUUGAAAACACUCAAUUGAAGGUUGAGAUGAAGCAACAAGAGUCCAACUUGAUCCAAACCAAGCAAGAGUUAUAUGAAGCCUUGAACAACAAGGAGAACUAUAACCAUACCAAGAACCUUAGACUCAUAAAUUCAUUUACCACUGGUGGAGACGUAGAUGAAGUGGCCGAGAAAAUACAAGAGUAUAAAGACGAAGUGUCUAUACUCAAGAAACAAAGAGAAGAAUUAAGAGAGGCCAUUGGGAAGUUAAGUCAUGCUAAUAACUUUGAACUUAAAGUGGCCAAUGAUAAGGUUAAAGUAUUAGAAGAGAAGGUAGACCGAUUGAAAGACAUAAACCUGAGGUUAACCCAACGGAUGGAUUCAAGAAAUAGCAUUGAAGAUAACAGUAAUAACAAUUAUUCGACUAAAGGAGGGAAACUUCAAGGGUUCAGCAUCGUCAAUCCAACAACCAAUCUCAUGACAAUCAGGGACCAACCCAAUUAA